AUGCUGUUUGUUUUGUACAUUGUGGAUACGUUGACCGGAAAAGACAAGGGCAUCAGCCAGUCUUCGAACCCUGCCAACCUUGGAACGGAACAAUUGCACCCCCUUUUCAUCGUUCCCCAGACUUGGCCCGCGUUGUGGUGCAGGCGAAGACCCGGGAGCCAAGACCUAAUGAUCUUCCGCCAACGAGAAUUCUCCGUGGGCUGCUGCCAAGAGUGA